AUGAGAAAGAGAGAGGUACUGGAGUGGCUGAUCACCAAGCCCGAUGGGGUGUACGUGGAUUGCACCCUUGGGGGGGGUGGGCACAGCGCGGCGCUAUUGUCGGCGCUGGGUGCGGGGGCCAGGGUGAUCGGGUUGGAUCGGGACCCCGACGCGCUGAGGGAGGCUUCCGCACGACUGGCGGCCGAGGCAGAGGUGGGGAGGUUCCAAGCCGUCCGCUCCAACUUCGCGGCCGUCGGUAGGGCGGUUCGAGAGUGCGAGCUGAUGCUUCAGCAGCCACCCCUCGCACCAGAAGCAUCAACAGCACCAGCACCAGCAGCGGGGGUGCCACCACGUACUACAUCUGCAGGCCCCCUGGUCGACGGCAUCCUGGUCGACCUGGGCGUGUCGAGCCACCAGAUCGACGACGAGGCCAGGGGGUUCAGUUUCUCGGCCGACGGGCCCCUCGACAUGCGGAUGGAGGGGACCGGGGACGGUGACUCCGUGGGCGAAAGAAGCGGGUUCGGAGGCGUGGCGUCGACAUCGAGGGAGCACGAGGACAGAGCCGUUGAGAAGGGCGGCAGGGGGGAGGGGGGCGGCGGCGGCGAUGGCCGGGGGGGCGGGGGUGGUGUGUCUGCCGCUGAUGUCGUGAAUUUCGCGGAUGAAUCGGAGAUCCGGGAGAUGGUGUGGCGCUACGGGGACGAGAAGAGGUCGACCAAGAUCGCGCGAGCCAUCGUGGAGAACAGGCCCAUAGCGACCACCGGGCAGCUGGCGGAGGUGGUGGGGAGAUGCGCCCCGCCCAAGGAGCGCGUCAAGACCCUGGCCCGGGUGUUUCAAGCCCUCCGGAUAGAGGUGAACGGGGAGCUGGACGCCCUGGAGGCGUUGCUGGAGCAGGCCAAGCACCUCGUGCGACCGGGGGGUCGCCUGCUGAUCCUGUCCUACCACAGCCUCGAGGACCGGCGCGUGAAGCGGGUCCUCGCUACUGGGAACUUGAAGUUUUUCGCGACGGGAAGCAGGACCUGA